AGUUCCAUUUUGCUUCGGUCACGAUGUCGAUGGUCCGCUCGGUCUCCCGCGUCCUCCGCCGGUCGUCGGCGCUUCCCCGCUCGCUGGCGCCGAUCCAGCUCGUGCCCCAGCAGGCGCGCUACCUCCACGCGACGCGCAAGCAGGACUCGCUCGCGAUCGUCGGCGGUGCGGGCGUGGCUGUCGCGGCGCUGAGCGCCAAGUACCUCCUGCAGUCGUACCAAGAAUACAAGGCGAACAAGGCCGCAGCUGCGACCGAAGCGCCGGCGGGCAAGAACGAAGGUAAGGCUGCGGCGUCCGAGCGCGGCAGCUUCUUCAACUUUAACAUGUCGUACCGCAACUUUUACGAUGGCCCGUUCGAGGACAAGAUGACGCGCCGCGAGGCUGCGUUGAUCCUUGGCGUGCGCGAGAACGCGAGCCCGGACCGCAUCCGCAACGCCCACCGCAAGCUCCUCAUCUCCAACCACCCGGACACGGGCGGCUCGACGUUCCUCUCGACCAAGAUCAACGAAGCCAAGGAAAUGCUCCUUAACGGCAAAUAGACAUGUAGUAUGUGGUGCUCCCA